GAGCUGUAUCUUAUCGCAUCGAGAACCUGCGGCAUUGUAUGAGAUCAAGAUGUCAGCCUUUAACCAGCAUGGAGACGGUAACAGCACAGAGCGAUACGUGUCUCUGAGGGACAAUGCUGAGAUGCCAGCCCUGCAGACUCCCCCCUGUGACUGUAAGGCAUCAACAGAAAGCCCACUGAUUGGCAUCGUGGUUGGGAUUCAUAUUGGAAUGGCCUGUAUCAUCUUCUGUGUUCUCAUCCUCAUGCUCGGAUACCAGAGAAGUCUGUUCGGAUGUAAGGGCAUCAAGGAGAGUUGGACAGUCCCACAGGCUGGACAGAGCAUGACACAAGAGGGACAGAAUGGUCACAUGGAGCUGGAUAAAAAGGAUGAAGCUGGCACAGUGAUGGAGAUGACAGAGUUUGUCAAUGGGUUUCAGAAUGGAGGUGCAGUUUCAGUGAACGGCUGUGAUCAGGAACAUUCCUCCAGUCAGCUUCAGGUGGUGAUUGAACAACACCCAACAGGACCCAAACCCUGAGAGCCUCUGGCAGAGACAGCAGCUCCAGCAUCCAAAAGUUUCAAUUUCCUCUUUAAUUUUUCCCUGAGCCAAAGAUCUGACGUGGGUUUGUAACCAGGUUUUUAAACAAAAACAAAAUCGGGUUUAACUGGGAUUUUAACAAGUCUAGAACCAGCUUUAACUGAAUUUCUUCGGUACUAACCCGAUGCGAUCGGACACUCCAAAGAUUCCUACUUCAACUGACAUGAAUGUUUUAAAUGUUAGCCAUUUUUGAAAACUAUCUCCACAUCCAGUGACCAAGAGACUGACAGAACUACCUCCAGAGUCACUGGUUCAAACCGUAGCAUGAGACAGAUCGUCUCACACUGUCUCUCUGCGGACUGAGUUAAACACCUCCAUAAAAUAACUAAAUAUUUUAAACAGGCUGAAAAGCAUCCAAAGAUUUUAGAGAUUUAGGAGAAACUGAAUUUAUCUUAUUUUGUAUCCAGUAAUUCCACAUUUCAGCUUCCUAAUCCUUUAGUAAUUAUUCACUGUUUUCCACCCCGCUCUGAAGUUCUGACUCUUGAGGUUCCACACUCCCUUCGCACUGCUCCACAGGGCUGUUGUUGAUCUGUUAGCCAGAAAACUCAGUGUUUGGUGGGAGAGAAAGAGAGAGAGGCGUGUUCCUUACACCCUUCAGACCAUUUUGCCAUUGCUUUUAAGUCUGGGUUGUAGUUUGAGAUUGUUAAGUCAUAUACAGUCCAUCAAAUGAGUACCUAUGAGUCGGGUGCAAUACUUGGACUCGAUUAUCUUCAUUGGAGAGAAUUCUGUGGAAUUAAAUAAGUUUUAAUUUUAAAAGCACGGGAUGAUAGUAUUUGUUUUUCUCCAGUCCCAAGUCCCCAAAAAUUGCGGUCACUUGAUCAGAGUUUUAGCUUAAUACCAUUUUGCACAGUAAUUGUCUUUAUAUCAACUCCAUUGCCUUGUAAAUCCAACAGCUGAUGGAAUUUGCUAAUCACUACACCAAUACCCACUUGACCAAAUGGAUUUGAGACAAACAUGAUGAUUUGUUCCAUCACAUUUAAUUCCUGAAAUUGCCUGUUGAGGUUCUUUGGCUAACAU